CAGAGACGGAGGCAUGCACGGAUGUUGUGCUGAAGAGACAAGUUUUCAGCGCACGUGAAGAGUGUCAAACCCUAGCUAGCCUCAUGCCACCUUCCUAGUGUCGUACUGCAUCGAUGAGUGUUGUGUUUUAGUUCUCAACAGCAGAAAAAAACGGACAUUGCAAGAGUUAAGUGACCAGCACUGCCUUUGACUCUCGUAGUGGCGCCGUGAUGUAUAGAGUGAAAUAAAGGGAAAAUAGUUGAAGUGCCAUCUUUCUCUCACCUGUGCCACACUGCUGCAAGGAGGAUUUACAACAAUUGGUGUCAGGAGUGGGAUCCACAUCUAUUAUUGAAGAUAAUUGUGAAAUUGUGCGUGAACUGGUGGCGAAGGUGACGAGAAAUGGCGGACCAAGGCGAGGGUGAGCAGUUUUCACUCGCGGACAUCAUGGCUGCUAUUAAGAAGGUAGGAGAAGAAAUUAUAGCAGUGAGAGAAGAAAUUAGAGCUGUGAAAGAAGAAAGUGCGGCGGUAAGAGAAAAAGUUCGUGGGCAGAUUGAGGCCACGACUUGUAAACUGCUAGAAGAAAUGAACGUGUUGAGGAGUGCAGUGAGCGAUCGGCACAGCCAGAUGCUUAUCAUGGAGAAGCAGACGGAGAUUCGCCAAGAAGUGUGUGAGAUCCGUGAGAAAGUUAGCGAGUUCAAGAAAGAACAGAGACACAGGAUAGAUGACACUCAGUGCAUGCUUACAAGUGUGGAGCAGAGCGUGGAGUAUGCAGAAGGGAGAUGGUUUAACCUGAAAGAAGUGAGGCAAGAAAUUCGCGCACUUCAAGCAGUGGGAGAAGAGAUGAAAGAAGAAAUGAAGGAAGAAACACGUAGGGAUCUGGAGAAGGCGAAAAUAUCGGCAAUGGAACUACGAAAAAAGUCAACAUCGAGUGAGACAACGAGUGAAGCCAGGGUGACGACGCCUGAUUUGACGCUCGUGCAGCCAGACACCCGCGUGGGUUCGGACUCCCCUCAUGCCUCCCCACCGCCUUCCCCACGGGCAGGCAUUAACAAAACAAGAAGAAAACCGCAAGAUUUACCGCAAGUUUACGUAAAGCAGGCCCAUAUCACAGACCUACAGGAGGCGUUGGCACGUGCACUAGAGUAUGAGUCGUUUAGGAUGAGCGGCAACAGUGGUGGAGUGCAGGUAUACCCAGGAGUCCAGCAAGCUUUUAGAGCCAGGUGUACACAGGUGAGGAGGCGUUCGAACAGUCCCAGGACGGGGGAUAAAUGUUGGAGAUACGGUCAUCAAGGUCACCAAAAGCAAUACUGCACCAAAGCCAAGAUUCAAUCAACCGAGGAUGUGGCUACAGGGUACCGUUACCAGCCCUGCUGCUGGAGUUGCGGUGAACAAGGCCAUCUUUCGAAGAAGUGCCCGAAGCAAUCUGCGGGAAACGACGGGCGGCUGGAGGAAGGGGCACGCCAGCCGAUGAGUGUCAGACACCGGUCAAUUUAAAUUUUUGUAGAGC